AUGAUGUUCGGUAUGAAAGUAAAGGAGAGCAGCUCCGCUGCGACUGCUAGUGUGCUACGGAAACAAGUGACUGGCACAAAGAAAAACUAUACGACUGACUGGGAACCCCGUCUAAUCCGUUACAGCGAUCAUGCGCGGCUUACCAAUAUGGAACCAUCAAUAUUCAACUCCCCUCAAUACAGCCUUUUCGAGUGAAAUCCUCCGACGUACAGAAUAACUCUGUGAUCAAUGCUUGAUUUGUCUGAGCAUUUCUCAGUUCGUGUGGGCAUCUUCUACCUGGUCUACAACUCAGUCGUGAAUUUCCCCCCGGCGAAUGCACUCAGCUCAAGGGAAUUAUGUCUGAGCAAGGUGUGCAGUGGCUGUAUUGCUGGCUCACUCUCGUGCCAGGAAGGUGGCCUUUCUCGUCUACCAGAUCAACUGUCUGCCGAUAUCCAGUCCGUGAUUCUCAUUGGCCAUCGUUUUGACAGCAGUAGUCUACUAAAAGCCAACUUUUCAAACUAUCCUCAUCAGACCACACAACUACAGCGCCUUACUUUAAGAAAUUGCGGCGUUGAGCGCGUACAACCUGGUGCCUUUCAUUCCCUACAAACUCUCACGCAGCUGGACCUUUCACAGAAUAAUAUUCAAAUCAUUGAAUCUCACACCUUCGCUGGGUUACGGCUGGAAUUUUUACGACUUGAUGAAAACAAAGGCCUGCGUUUGGCGCCUGGUGCAUUUGAAGAAGCUUCGAUCGUGUCUCUGUCAAUGAACCAGUGUGGCCUCCGUACACUUUCAUAUGAGGACUUGGCGCCAUUGUUAAAAAACGGAGUUUUAACAAACUUGCACUUAUCAGGCAACAAGCUGAUGAGCCUAGAAAGUCGUUUGGAGCCAACUUUUUUGGUGUUACAAAGCUUAUCAAUCGAACAAAAUUCUUUUGUUUGUGACUGCAAAAUACGUUGGUUGGCAGACGUCCUAAGACAAAGGUCAGUCAAACGGGACAGACGUGGAUUAGGUACGAUUUUUAACGAUGACUCCACACACUUGUCAGGACGGCCGUUCAACUCAGCAUUAGAUGUACGUCCAGGAACUCAGCUUGAUGGCGACCUACUCAAACCAGUAUGUCGUAGUCCGGAAAGAUUGGCCGGCCGAUGGAUUGAGAAGCUAACUGCACAAGAUUUUUACUGUAGUUUGCCUAACUUGCAAACCUUGGAAAUAGAUCUUUCCUAUGUGGAUGGACCGGACCAAGAAGCCGCGAAAGCGGUUCAACAAAAAGGCAAUGCUCCAGUCAAAAGAGAUGAACUGAAGGUUACAUUGCGUUGUCACGUGUCGGGAUCUCCGGAAUUACAGAUUGCUUGGUACCGCCGAUCCGGUUCGCAGAUGAUGUCUCGCCUGGGACUUCAUGGACCAGAGGAGGAUCUGACGAAACUUUCGUCUUCCAAGUCUAAUAAACCAGGUGUCACCGAAGUGGAACUAUUUUCACCACAGCUCUUCCAGAACAAUGCGCUUAAGAACAGUAUAGCACUGGGCAUAGUCCCAAUCGAGCGUUUGGUUUGUUUUGCUUCGGAUUUGAGUGGAAACAGCAGCGCUGAGGUACGACUUCACUGGCCUCUUCCUGUGACGACUCAAAAUGCAGAAGAGAGCAUACAAACUUCUCCUGUUGAACAAAGUUAUCCUAUGGCAGAAACUACACAGCUAGAAAAGGAGAAGAAGACGGACAAAAACGGUUGGAUCCAGAACACAGAGGAGCGUUCACAUUGGUACCUUCUAACCGGAGAGGAUCCAAAUGGAUUUUGGCUACAGAAACAAUUCUCUGCCCUACAAAUGAUUGGAGCCGUUGUGGGCACCUUCACAAUCACACUGUUCCUCUUCCUAAUCGGCUUCUGUCUAUUAAAGGCAUACCGUGUCAACAGGACAUGUGAGCGCAACAAACUGUUUCUACAAAACAAUGCCUCUGUAUAUAAUCAGUCGUCUCCAACCAGUAAGUACACUGGACUCCCAAGCUAUUCAUCAGUGCCCAUCCAACCAAAUGCCUCCAUGUAUCCUGUAGUAGCGUCUUCCUCUAUGGAUGUACAGAAUUUGUAUUCAUCUCACCUUCCGCAUCAACUCACAAACCAUGUGUCGCAAAACGACAUGAGUGCCCUUGAUCUUAGUGGUAACAAGCGAUUACCCUACGCCACCUAUGAACCCGUACCACUAAGCGAACUAGCAGCCCCGACCACAUACUCAGAUUCACAAACCUAUGACGUACCUCGGUUUCCAUCUAUAUUGUCUCCUCCAAGCAUGCCACUCCCACCAGUUCCAGCCUCCACCAAUUCCUCAUUCAUCAGCACCCAAACGAUGGACCCCAGGCCUACAUUUAUAACAUCUACACUUGGCGGUCAUGGUACCGCAAUACGUGGACAAAUUAGUGGCAGCGUCAUGUCCCCUCUACUUGGGAAUAAGUCAGACGGUGGAACAUCCAGAGAAUUUCCUAUGUCUGCCACACUAAACCGUCUGCACAAUUCCGCUCAUCUUCAAGGUCACUCGACGCUCAACCAGCAUCAAAAUGCUCAACAGUUAGCGCAAAAUCAAUUGUUCAACUUUGUAAAUCAACCAUCAGCCUUUAAUCUUCAUGCCCAAGAAAAAGGCAGUUGAUUUCAAUGAAGUUGUCUUUCGUGAAUGGAGGUCGUUCGGAAAUACCGAAGUCCUCACAGCGUCUUUUGGAUCUCUGUUCAUGCCAUACAAUCAAAUGUGCAAACCGGAAUCUCGUUUACUUGAGACCACAUUACAAUCUCUAGCGAACUCAAGAGCAAGGGAUCAUGCUACAUCCGAGGUCUGUUGUCUCAGAAAGGAUUUUUUGGUAUCCGGCACAUAUCGAUUCCCGCUUCCAUCUGCUGAAUUAUACUAUCAACAAUAACAACGGAACGCCACACAAUCGCUUAUUGGACAGAUUACGUAAAUUUUGAUUCUCAUAAACAAUGAGUCAUGUAAAGUCACUAAUACAAAACAGAUUUUCGUGUAGCAACAGCAUGCUUCCACGAGACAAUCUUAGCUCCACUGAGGUCCAUUGUACAAAACGUUUGCUUUCAAAUUACCUCUGCAUUCGGAUUCCCACAUGAAUUGUACUUGCCAGGAAUGCGUAUACCAAAGUAUGAGUCACU